AUGUGGUUGGCCCUGCUGCUGCUGCUGCCCACAGCGCUGCGCCUGAGCCUGGCAGAGCCUCCCCAGGAGAGGGUCCCUCUUUUCCGACUCAUUCAGCUGGGCCCCUGGGGAAGCGGGGCCAACGACACCACGGGCUCGCCCUGCCAGGGGCUCUUCGCCACGGGGGCCACGACCUUGAAUCUGGCGAACCGCAGCCUGGAGCACCUGCCGGGCUGCCUGCCCCGCGCGCUGCGCAGCCUGGACGGCAGCCACAACCUGCUGAGCGCCCUGAGCGCAUCGGAGCUGGGCCACCUGCCGCAGCUGCAGGUGCUCACGCUGCGCCACAACCGCAUCGGCGCGCUGCGCUGGGACCCUGGCUGGCCCGCGGGGCUGCACACGCUGGACCUCAGCUACAACCAGCUGGCCGCCCUGCCCCCGUGCGCCCGGCCCGCGCUGGGCAGCCUCCGCGCGCUGGAGCUGGCCGGGAACCCCCUGCCGGCGCUGCCUCCUGGGGCCUUCGCCUGCUUCCCCGCGCUGCGUCUGCUCAACCUCUCCGGCACCGCGCUGAGCCAGGGGGACAUCGCCGACGCCGCCUUCGCGCCCCUGGCCUCCCUCGAGGUCCUGGACCUCAGCGGCACGCUCCUCAAGCAGGUUCAGCCGAGGUGGAUGGGAGACCUGCCCAAGCUCACGUCCCUCUACCUGAGGAAGAUGCCCAUGCUGAGGAGCCUGGAGGGGGACAUUUUCAAGAUGACCUCUGACCUGCAACAACUGGAUUGUCAAGAUUCCCUAGCACUCACCUCUGUCCAGACACACAUCUUCCAAGACACUCCUCGCCUCCAGCUCCUUCUGCUGCAGAACUGCAACUUGAGUUCCUUCCCUCCUUGGACCCUGCAUUCCUCCCAGGUUCUAUCCAUCAACCUCUUUGGCAACCCCCUCACUUGCAGCUGUGAGUUGUCCUGGCUCCUCAUGGAUGUAAACAGGACUAUCCUAAGCAGGGCAGCGGACACUGUGUGCGCACCAGCCGCAGGAUCGCCCGGGGCCUUCCCCGCCCCCCUGGCGCUGUCCCAGCUGCCCAGUGUGUGCCCCCGGGACCAAAGCACCACCCUCCGUGAUUCCAGCCCACCCUCCUCUGCGGGCUCCACCCACACGCCUUCCACCCCCGGUCCCUUCACCCCGCUGCUGAGCACAGCCCCCUCCUCUCAAGCUGUCACCAAGGCCCCCUCCCACCCUGUGAGCACCCCCUCACGAGCUGGCGGGGCGGGGGCCGCUGCCUCCACUACCGUCUCUACAGCAGGUCCCAGGAACUCCAGCGCUGCAAGCCCGGCCUGGACAGAGCACGAACCUACUGCCUCGCAUGUCCUGGACCCUAAUAUUUCAGCUGCCUCCCUCCCACUCACCACCAGCAAACAUCGUGGUCUCCUCCCUGCCUCCCGGAACCCGCUGAGCAUCCCCCGCACGACCCAGGCCACCCCGCAGGCUCCCCACCCAAGUCCUUCCGAGGAUGGAAUUCCAGUCUUGGUUUUGGACGACUCCAGUGAGGAGGAGGAGGAGGAGGAGGAGGAGGAAGAGGAGGGGAAGGGGGAGAAGGUGAGCACGCCUCCCCAGGGCGUGGCCUGCGAUUACCACCCUUGUAAGCACCUCCAGACCCCGUGCGCGGAGCUGCAGAGGCGCUUGAGGUGCCAGUGCCCCGGCUUCAGCCAGGAAGACGCCGUCCCAGACCCUCCCAAGCUGCAGGGGGUGUCGGAGAUCACAGACACGUCCGCGCUUGUCCGCUGGUGCGCCCCCAACUCGGUGGUGCGCAGCUACCAGGUGCGCUACUCUGCGGAGGGCUGGCCGGGCAACCAGUCCGCGGUGGGGGACAUCUACGCCACGGCUCGGCAGCACCCGCUGUACGGGCUGUCGCCGGGCACCACGUACCGCGUGUGCGUGCAGGCGGCCAACAGGGCCGGGCUGAGCCGGCCGCAGGCCUCGGGCCGCCGGGGGCCGUGCGCCUCCUUCACCACCAAGCCCAGCUUCGUGCUCAUCUUCGCGGGGCUGUGCGCCGCCGGCGGCCUCCUGCUGGUCAGCACCCUGGUGCUGUCCGCGUGCCUCUGCCGGCGGGGCCGGAGGCAGUGCUCCCACGCGCACCUGGUGGCCUACAAGAACCCGGCCUUCGACUACCCGCUGAAGCUGCAGACCUUCACUUAG